UGUAAAUGUAAACAAGCAUUGGUAAUAAACAUCCGGUAGCUUUGAAAAUGUAAAAUAACUUGUGGAUUAUUGGUGUAUGUUCAGUGCUAUUCUUUCUUCAGAACUUUAAUGAUGUUUUGAAAGCCUGUAAAAUUGACUUUUUCUAUAUAACAGUUAUUCUAUUAUUAGUUAUUGUUUCUUCCCUAUAUUCAGCAGAUCUUGUUUUUCAUAAUCUUCAAAUAAUUUUUUUUUUUAAAUUUCAUUGAUUUCAACUACUGCAACGAGGAAUAAACAAUGAAUGUAAAUCAAGUCAUAAAAAGAACCAAUUACUUGGACUGGCCUGAAUAUUUUAUGGCAACCGCUUUUCUCGCUGCUAUGCGUAGUAAGGACCCAAUCACACAAGUAGGAGCAUGUAUAGUUAAUGGAAAAAACAUAAUAGUGGGUAUCGGAUAUAAUGGCAUGCCAAAUGGUUGUAGUGAUGAUAAAUUUCCAUGGCAAAAGUCCAAGGAUAAACUUACUACAAAACAUACAUAUGUAUGUCAUGCUGAACUUAAUGCUGUUUUAAACAAAAACUGUACUGAUCUAUAUGGAUGUACAAUGUAUGUUGGUUUGUUUCCAUGUAAUGAGUGUGCAAAAGUUAUUAUACAGUCUGGAAUCAAGAAAGUUGUCUAUUUAUCUGAUAAACAUUCCUAUAAAGCUGAAACAAUAGCUGCCAAAAAAAUGUUUGAUGUAGCGGGAGUAACUUACGAACCUUUCAGCCCAAAAAAUAAGAAAAUAGUCAUUGAUUUUGAAGAAAUUGAUUGGAAUAAUAUGCAGCAGUGUGACUUCAGUCCAAACAAAGAUGAAGUGGACGUUUUGGAAAACAGUUUAGAACCAUUACAUAUAAGUGGAGAUUCAAACGCUAAUCAAUGACUUUGAAACCUAACUAACUUCUUUAUUGUUUUUUACUUUAUGUAUAAGACUUAUAACUGUAAGAAUUUUCUUACCAAAUAAAAAUGACUAGGUUUAAUUAGAUAUUUAUUUUCCUUUAAGCAAUUUG